AUGUCAAGCUUAAAUAUGUUUUCAUAUAAUGGCAUUUAUGAUAAAACUUGCAAUAAACUCUAUAAUGAAUCUUACAAAAAACCUUAUGAUAAAUCUUACAAUAAACCUUGUGAUGAACCUCAUAAUAAUAAUAAUGCUCAGGAGCCAACAAAUAUAACCUAUUUAAAUGAAUUUGAGAAUGAUAAAUCAUUAUCUUCAACUAAAACUGCUGUAACUAAUAAGCAAUAUACAGAUGCUAAAAUAGCCAAAGCUAUGGAAACUUGUCUUAGAUUAUUAAGGAUUAUUUUUAAAAUAAUAGUAAUUAUAUGUAAUAACACAACUUUUAAUGAUAAAUUUUUACAAGACUUUGCUGAUUCUAUUUCAUCAACUAGUAUUCAGUUUGAUUAUAAACAACAAUCAAUAUAA